UAGGUGAGCAGGUGUAUAAGACUCGGACAGGUGGAAGAGAGAGACGCAAAAACCGGACCAGGAGUCUGAGCCUGAACAAACGCAGCAGGGAAAUUCAGCACAGCUCAUCAAGAUGCUCAAAGGAUUACUGUCAGUGCUCUUGGUCCUGGUGGCCUUGUCAUCCGCCUUAGGGAAGCCUGAGAAAACCACUCCAAAGAAGGAGAAGGAAAAGAGAGUUCCUCAGACUCUCUCCAGAGGAUGGGGUGAUCAGCUGAUUUGGGCACAGACAUAUGAGGAAGCUCUGUUUUGGUCACGAUCCAAGAACAAGCCCCUCAUGGUUAUCUUUCACCUGGAAGACUGUCCACACAGCCAGGCUCUGAAGAAAGCUUUUGCUGAGGAUAAAGAAAUCCAGAAGUUGGCCGAUGAAGACUUUGUGAUCUUGAACUUGGUGUACGAAACCACAGAUAAGCACUUGUCUCCUGAUGGCCAGUACGUUCCCAGAAUCAUCUUUGUUGAUCCCUCCAUGACGGUUCGGGCGGACAUCACCGGCCGCUACUCAAACCGAAUGUACGCCUAUGAACCGGCCGACAUGAAACUCUUGUUGAGCAACAUGCAAAGAGCCCUGAAGUUUCUGAAAACCGAGUUGUGAACACAAAAGCCUCAUCUUUUCGUCCGUCGAAAGGAUUUGACUUCCCUGAGGGCUAUUAUUACUUUGUCAUUUGUUUACUGACGGCAUGAAACGCACUGUAAAAUCCUGUACAAAUACACUGAAGUACGUUCUUUAAACACAUUCUGUUACGGUUAACCUUCAGGCUUUCUUAUUCAUGUUUUUUUUUUCAAUAAAUGAAGUUGUUCGAAAAAUGUC